CGAGCCGAGCGUAGCCUCCGGGACGGAGGCCGGGCGAGCCGGCGUGCGCACUUUGCCGCGGACUUUGCGGAGUGUUUGGAUUUUUUUUUUUUUUUUUUCCAUGCCAAGCCGCCAAGAUGAUGUCUAUGAACAGCAAGCAGCCUCACUUUGCCAUGCAUCCCACCCUCCCUGAGCACAAGUACCCGUCGCUGCACUCCAGCUCCGAGGCCAUCCGGCGGGCCUGCCUGCCCACGCCGCCGCUGCAGAGUAACCUCUUCGCCAGCCUGGACGAGACGCUACUGGCUCGGGCCGAGGCGCUGGCGGCCGUGGACAUCGCGGUGUCCCAGGGCAAGAGCCACCCUUUCAAGCCGGACGCCACGUACCACACGAUGAAUAGCGUGCCCUGCACGUCCACGUCCACCGUGCCGCUGGCGCAUCACCACCACCACCACCAUCACCACCAGGCGCUCGAGCCCGGUGACCUGCUGGACCACAUCUCGUCGCCGUCGCUCGCGCUCAUGGCCGGCGCCGGGGGCGCGGGCGCGGCGGGCGGCGGCGGCGGCGCUCACGACGGCCCUGGGGGCGGAGGCGGCCCGGGGGGCGGCGGUGGCCCGGGCGGCGGCGGCCCCGGGGGUGGCGGCGGCGGCGGCGGCCCGGGAGGCGGCGGCGGCGGCCCGGGCGGCGGGCUCUUGGGCGGCUCGGCGCAUCCGCACCCGCACAUGCACGGCCUGGGCCACCUGUCGCACCCCGCGGCCGCGGCCGCCAUGAACAUGCCGUCCGGGCUCCCGCAUCCCGGGCUGGUGGCCGCGGCGGCGCACCACGGCGCGGCGGCGGCAGCGGCGGCGGCGGCGGCGGGGCAGGUGGCGGCGGCGUCGGCGGCGGCGGCGGUGGUGGGCGCGGCGGGCCUGGCGUCCAUCUGCGACUCGGACACGGACCCGCGCGAGCUCGAGGCGUUCGCCGAGCGCUUCAAGCAGCGGCGCAUCAAGCUGGGCGUGACGCAGGCCGAUGUGGGCUCGGCGCUGGCCAACCUCAAGAUCCCGGGCGUGGGCUCGCUCAGCCAGAGCACCAUCUGCAGGUUCGAGUCGCUCACGCUCUCUCACAACAACAUGAUCGCGCUCAAGCCCAUCCUGCAGGCGUGGCUGGAGGAGGCGGAGGGCGCGCAGCGGGAGAAAAUGAACAAGCCCGAGCUCUUCAACGGCGGCGAGAAGAAGCGCAAGCGGACUUCCAUCGCCGCGCCCGAGAAGCGCUCCCUCGAGGCCUAUUUUGCCGUACAACCCCGGCCCUCGUCGGAGAAGAUCGCCGCCAUCGCCGAGAAACUGGACCUCAAAAAGAACGUGGUGCGGGUGUGGUUUUGCAACCAGAGACAGAAGCAGAAGCGGAUGAAAUUCUCUGCCACUUACUGAGGAGGGUGUGAGACACCGGGUCCCUGUCUCCCUCCCUUGGAGAACAUGAAGUUGUUGAAAAGCUGAGAAGUUUCUGCUUUCAUUUGGGGGCAGGAGUCCCAUGUAAGAAAAAACACCUAAAAUCCCUGAAGAAAGGAAGAGAUUUAAAGAUUUAAAGCCCCUCCCACCUUGUUCGUUUCAAAUAGGUCUGCACUUACCCGGGGAAAGCAGAACAGUGUUUCCCUGUUGUUCUUGUUGUUGUUAUUCAAGGAUCAUUUACUACUGGGGAUAAAUGUUGAGUCGCAAAAUCUUCAACUUGCUCUAUGAAUUUCCAGAAUAGAAAAUCAUGUAUGGUAUUUCAUACUAAUAAUCCAAGCUACUGAUGGAUUAAAAAAAAAAAACAUGACAAAGACAGUUUGAGAAAAAAACCCGAGAAACGUGAUUUAGUGAAAUGCCUGCUUUGUUGUGUACAAGAUUCUGUUUGGAUCUCACGCGGAGAUGGUUUGUUACUAUCGUUUAACCAUAACUAAAGAUGAAAACAGAAGAGAUGAGGGGGGAAAGCACUGUUUAAUGAGACUGAGGUCAUGCAUGGUUCGAAAGGUGCAGAAAGAAAUCCUAUUAGGUCUCACUCUGGGUAGGCGUUGUUGUUUAUUUAAUUAUGUUGUAUGUCAUUGUUUGCAGCACAAAACAUUCUAUGCAUUUGAAACUGAGCACUAAACUGGGCUAGCUUUCUGGUAGACCGUUUUGUGGAUAGUGUGAUUUCACAGUCUACUGCCUGUUCCCACUGAAAACACAUUAUUGUAAAUAUUUUCUUUCAUGCACAGGCUCACACAGUGGUUACAAACUGCCAGUGUUAAUCCUGAAAUGUCUCACUGACUGAUCCUCCUGUCCAUGUUGUGUCUGCAGAGCUUUCUCCUCGGUUAUGUCUUUGCUCUAUCGCCCUCCCCCCCCAAACCCAUCAGAACCAUUUCUGUGCGCCAACAUGCAGCAGGGAGACGUGUCCCAGCACACUUCCAAAUAAAACAUGACUGAAAGAAGAGCA